AUGAGAAUACAAGCCGCUAAAAGUGAAGAAAACGGAAUGUUAUGCACUUCUCCAUAGUAAGUUCUUAUUGAUUAACUAUGAGUGCAAAUUCAGGAAAUGAACCAAUACCAAAAAAAGUAAGAUCUAAUAAUGUAGAUACGGAUUAUUGCAAUGAACAUGAAAAAUUAAAUAAAAACAAUAUAGAGAAGGAUCCCGAAUAUCAAGAAAAUAUGAAAUUAACUGAUAAUGAAGAUGAGGAAGAAAUUUCUUUGCCAAAGAAUGACGAGGACGAUCACUUAUGCUCAUUUCCUCCAGAUGAUGAUGUUGCAGAUAUGUUAGAUGAAGUACAGUAUGAUGGGUCAUUUCCAACAAUUACAGAUCGAUAUUUGACUGCUUAUUACAAAUUAGAUGUACAAAGUUCUGCAGAUGAUAUUUGCAUUUUAAUGCACAGUAAUCGAAUUUGUAUGCUCACUCUGGCUCCAAGUCAUACAAUUCUACAAAGUGAUAAAGAGAUAACAAAUGUGAACUUCAGAGUCAGCGAAAAGUUGGAUAGAGUUCUAAAUAAAGUUUCAGGGAAAAGUAAACAUGGUGCUCAACCUCUGCAAGCCAAUUCAAAUAUUUGUAUAAUUACUACUUCAAAUGGGAAAACUUAUACUAUAAAAUGCUGCAUAAUUGGAAAAUUAGUCGAAGUCAAUGAAACGUUAUUAGAAAAUCCAAAACUUUUAUUAGAACCUCCACAUAAAGGAGGCUACUUAGCUAUAGUACUACCAAAUAUAAAACUAUUGGAUAAAAUGAAAAAUUCUUUGCUAACUCAAGAAGAAUAUGACUUGAAAAUGUUAGAGCGCCAGAGUACUAUAAAUCAUUUAGAUAUUUCAAUACAAAAUGAUUCGAAAACAGUAGACAACAAUUCUCAAUUGCACUCAAAUGAAAAUGACAUUACAUUAUCUAUAGCAAGUUGA